GCGUGCGCAAGUGCUGCCAUAUUGUAUCGUGUUUCUGUGAUAAUAUUUACUAGAAAUGAUUUGUCAUAUAACAGACAAUGGAUAUAGAAUAGAAUCCCUGACACCAACUACCUUUCCCGGUGCAUUAAAGGUAAUAAAGGAAGCAUUCUGUCAAGAUGAAGCCAUAUCAAUUGGUUCAGAAGUGAAUACGAAUCCUAAAGCGGCCGAGGAACUUCUCGAAUUAUGCGCAGAUGCAGCACUGGACGGCGUUUCGUUGGUUGCCGUGAAUGUAAAGACAGAAGAAGUGGUAGCAGUUGCGUUUAACAAAAUACAGGUUAAAACGUCGGAUGCAUCAGAAAAGCCAUUCUUUGAAAUAUUUGCCGACGAGCGCUGUACACAAGCUUCAUCGCGCUCGCUUAUACAAUUUAUGGCCGACGUUGACGGGAGGUGCAAUUUAUUUGAAAAGUACAAAGUCGAUUGCAGUCUUGAAAUCAUGUUUUUAGCAACAUUUCGGGAACACAGAAGACAAAACCUGGGUACACAACUCUGCAAAUGUUCGAUAGAUUUAGGGAGGAAAAUUAAAGAUGGCGCCAUUACACCUAUUAACGUUGAUGAUCUCGGUCCGGAAUAUUCUCAUUUAAAAAUGCGUAAACCAAUAGACACAUACCCAAAAAUUUGUCAAGCGAUAUGGACAGCCGAAGGUUCCCGGAAAAUUGGUAGAACUCUAAAUUUUACAGUUCACUUGGCAGUAUCUCUGUCGGAAUUCGUGUUUAAUGGAAAAACUUAUGCAGAGCGGAUUGGAGAUGAAGCUGCAUUUUGUGAAGUUGCGGCAUUAUCUUUGUAAUGACUUGUAAAUUAAAAUCUGCAACUAGUAAACUGAAAAUUACAGUCAAACAAAGCGUUUAAAACAAUACAAGACUAUUUUCUGUAAGCAAACACUUUCAAAUUAAAUUAAAUUAUAAGCAUAAUAGAAUAUAAAAUCAACGGUAGAUUAUAAUAUUAUUAUUAGAAUAAAAAUUAUUUUAGAAGCCAUUGUAAAUCCAAAUAGGCAGUUAUUAAAGAAUAAUUUUGAUUGCCUGUAUUUUGAUUCCAAUUCACAAGUCCUGAUAACGGUACAAGAGACAGCCAGAUAUCGACGGAUUUAAUUGCAUUUGGUAACUUGGAGCAAAUUGGUUCUGGUAAUUGAUUUGGUCUCGACAUUGACUUUCCCAGACCAUCUCACGGCCCUUAUUCCAUUAAUCCUCGAUUGUUGUCCCAGUGCUUAUUGAAGUUUAAAAAAAUCAUUAAUUAUUUUCUUAAUCGAUGUUCAGGGAACGGAUUUUUAAAAUUUUAUAAUAAUAAUAAUAAUAAUAAUAAUAAUAUCCUGGGACAUUUUUCACACACGGCCAUCUGAUCCUAAAUUAAGUAUUAAAAUUUAUUUGUUGUAUUAUAUUACUUU